CAGUAUAAAUAGCUGUGAUUCACGAAGGGAGAAAGAGAAUAAGAAAGAGAGACUGAAAGAGAGGAGAAGGAAGAUAUAUCACACAAGAUUGGCCUUGCAAAAGCAGUUCUGAGAGAGAUCCUGAUAUCUGGGUUUCCCCCUCCUUUGGUUUGAAGACAAUGUGGCGGGCCCUCAUGUAUCAGCUGGCUCUGAUUCCUCUCGUCCAGGCUCAAAAUGACUACUGCAGAACACACCGUACAUUCAGGGAGCCAGCCAACACUGACAUUAACGUCUACUGUGGCACAAAUCGCAUGGAGCUCCAUAUCUUGCUAUGUCCCGUCUACUUUGGUGGAUACAAUGAAACACUGAUGUCCCUCAACGCUCAGUACUUCAAGGGAGAGUGCCGGGGGACACCCGAUUGGACGGUCGACCCGCCUAUUCUGAAAUACAACUUCUCCAUCACAGAGGAGGCGGUGUCCGCCUGCAACAACAAAAUAAAGAUCACUCAGGAGGUGGGUUCUGGGCUCUUUGCGGAUUUCUCCAGCGUUCAGUUUGUCAACAUCUCGGGCAUGAUCAACUCUCUGGACCCCAGUGCGGGAACGAUCACCUACCGCCAGGAAAUGAUUUACAAAUUCUCCUGCCGCUAUCCACUCCAGUACUUGGUCAACAACACUGAGAUGACCGUGUCUGGGGUGAGCCUAGCAGUCAAAGACAGCAAUGGGAGUUUCAUCAGUACCCUGAGUAUGAUGCUCUACUCGGACAGGUUCUACACAACCCAGCUCAAGGUCCCUGAGGUAGGCUUGACGUUGAAGACACGCAUCUUUGUGGAGGUCAAGGCCACCAAUCUCACUGGAAGGUUCAACGUGUUGUUGGACCGAUGCUAUGCCACAACCAGUCCUUAUCCCGUCAACAGCACUUAUUAUGACCUCUUUGUUGGGUGUAACCGGGAUGGCCAGACGGUGAUGGGGGUGAAUGGGCAACAGCAGGAAGCUCGUUUCUCGUUUGAGGCCUUCCGCUUCGUCCAGCACAAGAACAGGACGUUGUCCACUUUCUACCUGCACUGCUCUACCAGACUCUGUGAGAGGUCCGUCUGCACCUCCCUGCAACAGAACUGCACGGACAUCAGCUCAAGGAGGAAGCGGGAGGUCCAGGACACGUCUGUGACCGACACAGCCACAGUCAGCUCCGGCCCCAUCCGCACCCAAGUGGACAACGGUGAUACUGUCGGAAUUGUAUCUGAAGUUUCCGAGCAGUUGGGUGGAAAACACAGAUCCUUGCAAGGUGUUGCCAUAGCAGCAGGGAUUGUUGGCGCGCUCUGUAUCUCCAUGGUAGCCUUCAUUGCGUACUGGAUCAUUGUGCCAAGGACCAUUGGGGCCACAGAGAAGAAAAUGCUCUUCACUACAAAAGAGUGACAGUUUAGGGGAAGGCUUUGCCCUGUUACUCUUAAGGUGGUUUCCUCUAUGUCCUAGUUCUUAUGAUCACUGACUUAAGUAGGUGGGUCAGUGACAGUGCAAUAACUUAAUGAAUAUAUCUGUAACCUGCACAUAUAGCACUGCAUGUUUAAAUAGUUUAUUUCCAUUUUAAAGGCAUGUAAAGUCUGGUAUUAAGGGCUAUCUUCUUUGUCUGGGGGUAAGGUCAAGUAUAAAUGGAUGCUAUUCCAUAUUAUCAUAAUCCAAAAUGUCAAAUCAAACAUGACUACCGACUUUGGUGUAUUAGUUUCAAGGGCUUCUUCGAUGCUGUCCAUCAAAUCAUAUUUAAAUGCACAUUUUCUAUAACCUGUCUCUGUCAAUUUCCCAGUCUUUACAAAUACUGGUGUAUAAAACCACUCGAUAAAGUUUUUAAAAGUAAAAUAUAAUAAAUGGCCUGUUUUUCCAUGGUGUUUCAUAAUCUGUCCUGCUGCCCUUGAAGUUCUCUAGCCUCAGACUACCAGACAAUUACACAUUCAAACAGGCCGUUCUGGAAUUUAAACUCAAUGAAUUGGAGCGAAACCAUUACCUGAUUACAGAAUGGACCCUAGCCCAAAGUUACAAUGGUACCGUUGAAUGUGUAUUUGUAGACACUUUAUUUUUUUAAAGACAUGGAUGAGGGAAUAAAUACACGCCACUGUUCAUCCAUCCAUCAUUUCAGUAAAAAAAAAAAAAAAAAAAAAAAAGUUGGCAUCUCCCUUCCCGUUUAUUCCCCCCCACAAACCAUCCGAAGUGACGCAAAGAGCAGAAAUCAUCCCACUGGGUACAAACGUCAAUUCAACGUCUAUUCCACAUUGGUUCAACAUCAUUCCAUUGAAAUUAAGUGGAAACGUUGAUUUACCCAGUGAAACUCCUCUGCUAGAGGUUCAAGCAGCUUGAAACAUGGACAAUAUCUGCUUAUUUUUCAGGCAGUGCAACACAGUCGAGCAGUCCUCAAAUUCAUACUGGCAUCCAUACACAAACACCAGGGUAGUGUUCAGUAGGGCACAUCGUAACAAAACAUUAUGCAACAGAAUACGAUCAUGUGCCAUUUCACUCCAUUGCAACAAUGUUUUCCCACUAUUGCCCAUGACAGCCCCUUGGUGAUUGAAGUUUACUGAACUAUCUGUAUUGAGUACAAUUUAUAGACUGCACAGAAGUAUUGCAUAUCAAAAGAUAACUGUCAUUCAAUGUAACAUGUUUUUUCCCCCCUCAUCCUAAGUCAUUUAUGAAUUUUCAGAAAGAACAAUGCUAAUUAGAACAUGGAGAGAGGGUUCUGAAAAACAAAAUAUGGAUUUUACACAUGAACAGUGGAUGGUUGUCAAUGUCAAUCAUAUUUUGAUGAUAUUUCCCUCAUGGUGUAUGGAAUACACACCACGAUUGUUUUGCAUUUUCUCAGCAACAAUACAAGGCAUUAAGCGAGGAAUUCAAUAUUCAAAAGACAACUGAAACACCAUUCCAUUUGCCAAGAGGUGUAUACAUUAGCUUGUUCAAUCCCAACGAGAUCUUUCUCAAACAGACAGAAAACACAUUAAAAGUGAAUGAAAGCAAGAUUUUCCCAAAGAAAACACAGAUCUGAGGAUAACCGUGCUUGAGAGGAGAAGUCACAACCUUUUUUGAUUACAGAAUAUGACAAAAGCUGAAUUUUGCAGGGGAGGAAACAUUGAGUCCUGUUAUUAUUGGUCCUUCCAAAACAAAACAUUUUGUAUCAGGUAUUUGUUCUGUUCUAUGCAGGGAGAUUAUAAGGUUGUUUGCAUGAAGGAAAGUAUGCCUAAACCUUAAGGGUAGAAUAGAAACUUGAGGUCUUGGGUUCAGUUCAUUCACUGGUUAUUCCAGACUUCAUAAGUGCUCCUUGCUCACCAUGUCAGUGAGAGGAGAGAUGUAUAAAGAUCAACAAGGGGCAUAAAGAUCAACAGAAAUUGAGAAAGGAUGGGGGGGGGAAAUUAAGGUGUCUGAGCUGAUCCAGUGUCUUUCUGGUUUUCAACAUAUGGGUGGAAAAACAAACCCCCCCC